CGGUUGGAGAAGAACAGUGUACGCGGCCCCUCCUCCCUCGCCGGUUACUUCCGUCUUAGAAAUCGGUCCAGCUUCCUGUCCUUCGUCUCAGAAAUCAGCCCGUUGUGCGUCCCUCUCUCCGAUUGAAGUCGUCCGUCUCCGAUUCAAGAUGCCUUCGUCUGGUUCUGUCUCCAGCUCCCCGAUCAAAGAAACGACCCAACGAUCAGGGUCCCCAAACUCUACCUCUCUACAACUCCAUCUCAACCCCCAGGGAAGACCAAAGCUCAAUCUAUGGUGUUUAUGGAUGGUGUCAACCAUAUUAAUGUAAAUACCAAAUCUACCCAAACUGGUUACCUCAAGGAGCUUCAAGCACUUCUUUGGUUGUCUCAAGAUCCCGUCUUUGCAUUUUCUUCAUUUGCAAAGGUAUUUUCACAAAAGCUUAAUUUGCAGUUGUGGAUAACCCACACAAAUUCUUCUAAGACAAGCUCAUGCACUAGAGGUGGGUCGCCAUACUCAACAGAACAUCCCAAAUAAAGAGUAAAGAUUGCUGGUCAAUAUUUUUUCUUAAUUAAAUAUAUUUUUUUAAUUAUAAUCUUUGGUGCUUUCCCUCAAUGAUGCCAGGAAACAAGCUCUGCCUUUAUGACAGGCCAAGCAGCUUGACUUCUGCUCUACUUUACAGCUUCCUAACCUUAUGCUCUGUCUUAAUUUUACUAUCCACUUCUAUCUCACUUCUCCUUUGCACAUAUAAGCUCUGUAAAUAUUAGCUGUGAUUGAAGAGAUAAAAGUUUGUUGAGAAGAGAAAUAGCCUUGGAAAUUGUACUAUCUUUUCUCAGAUAAAUUUUAAGUUUGGCAGAAUAAUCCAAAAAUGGGGGCUCUGGUACUAAAUGAGAAAGAGAAGUAGAAUGAGAGAGAUGUAUUUACACUUUAUGGUAGGGAUCCCGCAAAUAGUAAGUUCAUCCUUAUGCUUAAAAGGUUGAUGGUGGAUACAGUUCUGUUAUAUUUAGCCAAUACACCAACAAUAAUUUUUCAGGAUAAAUAUAAUGCAAUGUAUAUUAAACUACAUUAUGAACAGCUCUUCAUAGUGGUGAUUGACUGAAUUUAUCAAUGUGUCACUCACUCUUCUCCGAUUAGCUGAAUUUAUCAAUGUCAAAAUGCCCAGAGGUUAAUUUUUUUCACCAUUUGAAUGCCCGUUCUUCUAUUCUUAUCUAUUUCUACUUGCAGCCUGUUCUCCCAUAGUAAACUUAAUUUCAGGUGAGACAUCAGUGUUCCCAAUGCACCACUUUUAUUUAAUGGACAUUGAUAAGGUGUCUUCUAAUUUGGUGAGUGAUUUGGAUAGAAACAUGGGAGCUGGAUCUAUCUCAUGCCGUUUAUUCUGCCAAAAUUGAUCCUGGGAGAAAAGUUUUUUGUGGCAUUCCUGGGAGAAAAAUAUCUACAAGCAUUUUCUAAUUGGUGUCUAUUCGUUAUUGGUAAAAAUAUCAUGAUUGACUGCUUGCGUUUACAUUUCUUCUUAUUAUUUUAAAAAUCUAGAUAAAUUUUUAUGUACAUUUCUGAUUUUUCUGUGUGGAUUCAUUUGGAACAUCACUCUUUAUUGCUGCCCGUAGACCAUGAAGAUUUCCCGGUUUUCUAUACCUUUUGAAAAAUAAUUGGCCUAAAAAACUUUCACUCUCUUUUUAACCCCUCUCCAUGGGUAAAGAGAGAGGUAAGCAAGAAAUCUCAGGUAUCCUUCAUGGAACCUACCUCGGGAAGUGCUUCUAUUGCAACAAUAACCGGUCUUAGGCUUCAACUCAAUCAACUGUUCCUUUCCUUCGGCGAUCAGUUUGGUAUAAUUUAUAAGCAGGUCAGCCAUUUCAGUAACAUCGCUCAAUGGCGACCUGAGAUGGCAUCAGACACUACAAUUGCAGUUCCAGAGAGGCGGCAUCAGCCUUAUGUGCCCAUCUAAAAAAGGUAUAUUCUGAUUCCUUAACCAAAGAUUCAAUAUGUUCUCUGCUCUUUUCGGAGAUGAACGAUGGCACUAGCUACCUUAUGGACCAUCAAAACCUUGGCGUCUCCACUUCUUGCCAACAUCACCAGCUUUAUUUUUAUCCCAUCAAUUCAUGAAACCAUAAAUCUGAGGUUUUUCCAACCCUCAAUUUCACUUAAAAAUAUUCAUAUUUAAAAUAAUUGUUUUUAUUUGUGUGCGGAAUUAGUUGAAACGUAUUUCCUGGAUGUUCUUCAGGUUUGUGUGCUUUUUUUAUUCGUUGGGCUGGAUACACAGGUUCUAUCUAGAGGAUGGUGUCGAGGAUGAAAAUGUCGGUGUGAACUUCAGUUGUUUUUCUGAGGAGAGAAAACAUUAGGGCAGACUGGCAUUCAUUAGUUUUUGCGUCAUGGGGGAGAAACUGAAGGUAUUUUAAAUAUGCAUUGUGUUUUGUGAGUAUAGGUAUUCAAAGCUAUAAUAUAUUUCUAAUGCAAUGCAUCCUUUUCUAUUUGUGUAACUACUAGGGUAUACUCUCUUUUCCCCCGUUUUCAGUAAAACAACAUUACCCUCAGUGUUCUUAUAUAAAUGAUUUUAAGGCUUUAAAAUAUAUCAUAUAUAUAAAGUAGGGUUAAAUAGCUGUGGGGUUGACACCUAGCUUCCAACGUGACACGUGAUGUGGAUGAUAAUUCUUCCGAGAUUAUCUUUCUCGAGCGUUACGAGACACCACUGGAAAAAGAAACGUUUGAGUUUCUU